UUAAUAAUAUAUCAUAUGUUUAAGGUUCUUCUGUUUUCAUUUCUUGUAAAUAAAUCGUUCCAACAAGAUACACUUGAAUGUGUCAAGGAAACAACAAAGUGCGUUAUUACCGAUAACAGGAGUAGAUAUUUCCGAUGCCCAUCCACUGGACUAUACGAUAACAGUACUCUCAGUACCAAUACGUAUGACUGUCCAACGGAAAAUUCAGAAAAAUUGUUUUGUUUUAACUCUGUAACAACUGGCAAAAAAGCAGAUAGUGACAUUGUUGGAAACACUGGACCUUGCCUUCAACUUACGUGCCUUUCGUCAGGAAUAUUUGCAGCUGGAUCGAUAAAUGUGGGAGCAUGCGGAACAUACUAUGCGUGUAGAGCAACUGGAGAGCUUCCUGUGUUAAUUGAUUGUAGUGCUGGGCAGCACUUUAACAGUGCCACCCUGAGGUGCGAACCAGCAUCAUCUGCAGGAUGCGAUCCUGCGUUCUCCACAACACAGCCACCAGUUGAAAGCCCCCAAAGCACAACGCCUGCGGCACCUAUCUGCGGUGGUCCUGGCAAAUUUGCUGAUCCCACUAACUGCCGCCAAUAUUACUCAUGUGGACCGUUUGCCCGGGAACCGAAGCUUAAGAAAUGUUUGGGCAAUCUACGCUUUGAUGAGGCCAUAGGUCGAUGCAAGCGAAAUGCUGACUGUGGAAGUAGACCAGAUGGAGAUCUAGUAACUCAAGAUUACUGAGCUUAUAGAGAACGGGGAUUAA